AUGACAUCGUACGCCCUCGCGGCGUGGCGUCCGCGUCCGGCGAGUCCCGUCCCCGGGUCCUCGACCGUUAUCCCGAGGCACCGCUCGACGCACGCGAAACCGCUCGCGACGUGCGCGCUCGUGGACGAAUUACCGGACGAACUCGUCGAGCUCGUCCUCGAUCACCUGUGCGGGACGGAUUUAGCGCGCGCGGAGUGCGUGUCGAGACGUCUCAGGCGGUUAGCGCUGCGAGACGACGGAAGGUGGAGAGACGCGCUGCGAAGGGACUUUGGCGACGCGUUCGCGCCGCCGCAAGGGGUCGCGGUGCCCAGAGGGGCACUGAAAGCCGAGUACAAAAGGGCGGUAGAGACGCUCAAGGCGAUCGUGACCGGGCGCUACGGGGAGUGUGAUUCUCGAACGCGCGUUCGGGUCGGGACGCGUAUUUACGCGUGA